GCGAGAUGCCGUAGCUGCCUGCUUUUGCUCCACGUCGGCAUCUGCGCAGUGUUCACCUUACCUGCGAAAUGAGAAGCGACAUAACAGAGCCACCGAUACUGUAAACUGGAUGCAGGUCCAGACAAUAACAUAAUAAAAAUAAAAACUCUGGGAAGUUACACCUGUUGUUAGCGGUCAUGUUUAAGAAACUGAAGCAGAAAAUUAAUGAAGAACAGUCACCACAGAGGAAUGUCCUGUCACCACAACAGGCCCAGGUGAAGGCACUUGGUAAAUCACCUGGACUGCACCAGGAUGCUCCUUCCUCCUCAAGUGACAGAGAGCUGCUGGCUGGGAUGAUAGCAGAGCCCGCUUUUCUCUCUGAAUAUACUAUCUUUGCUCUGGACCAUUCAAAUCGACCCAAAGCGGCCCAGGUGCCUAGUGCGAACAUCACUAAAGGAGCAGUUAGUUCUCCCAGUGGAAGUGUGAAUGGAGAUGGAGCCGCCUCUCCCUUGAGAGAGGAGUCACAGUCUCUGGCACAGAAGCUGCAGCAGAGGGUGUCCUCAGUUGAGUCUCUCUUUCGGGUCUCGGGACGUGCCGAGGGGCUUUUCCGCUCCGGCUCCAGGGACAGUCUGGUCCGUAGUGCGUCACGGGAAUCUCUCACUCCUCUGGGGGAGAAUGAGGCCCCAGGAGCCCCUGCCUUCGACCCUCCAUCGGACAUCGAGAGUGAAGCCGAAGAUGCACCUGGCAACACAGAGGCUCUGUCCAAAGAGCAGCUCUUAUAUCGGCUGCAUAGGGUGGAAAAGAGCCUAGCAAACUAUAGAGGAAAAUACUCUGAGCUGGUAACAGCCUACAGAACAGUACAGAGAGAUAAAGAGAAAACACAGGCUAUCCUCGGUCAGAGUCAAGACAAAGCACUACGGAGAAUAGGGGAACUCAGAGAAGAGCUGCAGAUGGAUCAGCAGGCCAAAAAGCACCUGCAAGAGGAGUUCGAUGCUGCUCUAGAGGAAAAAGACCAGAUGAUCACUGUCUUGCAGACUCAAGUUGCCCUUAUGAAGAAACGGAUACACGGUUGCCCUGAGGCUUUGGUCUCACCUGAGGCAGGUGACACCCAGACAGCUGAUUCUCCAGAGAUGACCUCUGACACUCAAAGCACUACCCAGGUGGAGAGUGUUGAACUAAAUCAAGCAUGGGGCAGUGGUGAACCAGGCAGCACUGCUGACUUGGAAGUUUUGCAGAAGCGAGUGCGGAGGCAGGAGACACUGCUGCAGCGCUGCAAGGAGCUGAUUAACAGCAACAAAGAGCGUAGUGCUCAGCUCAGCAGUGAGAAUGACGCCCUGCAGCAGCAACUGCAGGAGAGACUGCAAGAACUGGAAAAGAUGAAGGAACUUCACACCAGUGAGAAAACCAAGCUAAUCACACAGCUGAGGGAUGCCAAGAACCUCAUUGAGCAGCUGGAGCAGGACAAGGGCAUGGUUAUUGCUGAGACCAAGCGGCAGAUGCAUGAGACUCUGGAGAUGAAGGAGGAAGAGAUUGCCCAGCUGCGCACCAGGAUCCAGCAGACUGUGGCCCAGAAAGAGGAGCUGCAGGAGCAGCGAGAGAAAGCAGAGAAAGCUGCAUUUGAGGAGUUGGAACGUGCCCUGGGCAUGGCACAGAGGGCGGAAGAAGCUCGGCGUCAGCUGCAGGAGCGCAUGGAGGAGCAGGUGAAGCAGGUGGAGCAGGCCAGUGAGGAGGAGAGGCGGAGUCUACAACAGGAGCUCACCAGGGUCAAACAGGAGGUCAUAACCAUCAUGAAGAAGUCUGCAGAAGAUAGGAUAGCGGAAAUGGAGCGGCAGCACUUAGAAGAUCUGGCUAAAAAGGACAAGCAAAUGAGAAACCAGAUAAACGAGGCAGUGGAAAAUUGUCGUAAGGAGCUUUUGAAGGCGGCGCAGGAGAAGGAGCAGCAGGCCUCUUUGGCUGUGGAGGAAGCGGAGCUACAGAAGUCAGCAGUGCAGGCUGAAGGAGAGGCCAAAGCCAGGGAGCUGCAGCUAGAGCUGGAGAGUGCUAGAACUAGAAUUCUUGAGCUGGAGAGUUCCUUGGCCAAGUCUUCACAGGGGGAAGCUACCCAGGCAGAUCAGUUCUUGGCAGAGACUGAAGAACAGAGGAAGAAAUAUGAAGGUGAAAUAGCUGCCCUAGAAGAAAGGCAUCAGCAAGAGCUGGAGAAAUUGAAGGCAGAACAGACAGACACUUUGAACCAGCAGCACGCUACUGCUGUUGAAGAGCUAGUGCAGAAACACAAGUCUGAGAUUGACGUGAUCAUGAAAGACAAAGAACUAGAGUUUCAAGACCAUGUUAAGGAAAUGAACCAAAAAAUGCUGGAGAAACUGGAUAUCAAGCAGGCAGAGCUGGAGGCUCUGUCCUCUGAGCUCAGUGAGAUGCAGAAGUGUAAAGAGCAGCUAGAGGAGAAACUUGCAGCUGAUGCAGCUAAUGAAUCAGUUAGGAGGGAGUCUGAGGUGAGACUAAAGGAAGAGCAGUUGAAAUUUCAGAUGGAGGUUGACGACAUAAAGCGUCAACAUGAGCAGUUGCUAGAAGGACUAGAGAAGACUCUGAAAGAAGAGCUAAAUCAGCUAAGAAUGGUGCUAGAGGAGAAGGAUAAAGAGCUUGAACAAUAUGUUGUAAGGGAAAGAAUCUUACAGGAAGAUGCUAAAAAGGCUCAACAGGAUGUGGGGGCAAAGUUAAAGGAAAUAGAAGAUCUGAGGUGUGUUGCACAGUCUGAGAAAGAGGCACUUGCUGAGGCUGGUGCUCAGUAUAACUCUCUGAAAGAAGAACUGGAGCAGUCAAAGAGUCAAGUACAAAACUUGGAAAGACUUCUUGAAGUAGGUCGUAAUGACUGCCAGCAGAAAGAAGAGAGUCUUCAACAGAAGACUAAUGAAAAUGAAGAACUAAAACAGAGGAUACAGCAAGCCUUGAAUGACCUGGCUGAAAAAGAGAAUUCACAUGCUCAGUCACAACAAGCAGUGCAAGAGGAGCUAAAUCGGUUAAACAAGCAGUUAGAUGAGGAGAAAAGUUCUUAUGAGAAAAGAGCUGAGAGCCUAAGAAAAGAAAUGGAUAGCAAGUUGAAAUCCCAGGAGACCAAAAUGGAGAAACUCAAACAGAAAGCCAAAGAAAUGCAGGAAAAGUUGAAGAAAAAGCUUCAUGAACAAGAAGAAAAUGCUAAAGCAGAGAUAGCCAAGAAGGAUAAAGAACUGCAACAGAAAGACCAACAGGUUAAAGAUAAGAUUCUUGAGAUGGCCCACGCAAACUCAGAGGGCCUCAGUAGCGCUUUAUCUGACUUGGAGGCAAAUCACAAGGAGCAGUUAGAAAAGAUUCACGAGGCUCAUAGGCAUGAGCAAGAAGAACUUCUGCGUCUUUGGCAGGAGAAGCUAAGCCAGCAGGAAGAGGAGCUGCAGGAGAAGCAUGCACUGUCUUUGCAAGAAAAAGUGCAGGAAUUAGAGGACGUCUCUCAACAGUUUUUAACCAACAGAGAAGAGAAGGAACAAGUGGUUCAAGAAGUAAAGAACCUUAGGGAAGAGCUUUCAAUGAGGGAAACCACAGUGCAGAAGCUCCAGACAGAGCUCAGAGAAGCUGCAGUCAAACUGGAAAGCUUGUCUGAAGUUGAGGACAUCCUCAAAAAGCAGCUAGAGACUGUAGAGAAAAACUUAAACCAGGCUUUAAAUGAAAGGAACCUCUUUCAGGACCAGCUCACUAAGACUGAGGAGACGAGUAAAGAGAGAUUUCAGGCAUUGUCUGAAGAGCUAGAAGAUGCAUGCAAGAAGCUUAAUGCACUUGAAGCUUCCAGAAAUAAGGAGGGGGAGGACCUGCAGAGGACUCUUGAAGAGAAAACUACUGAGCUUGAAAAUAAGGAAACGGAGUUUCUGACACAAAUCUGUGGCAUUAGAAAGGAGCUGGAGCAGCACUGUCAAGGUGCACAGGCAACGUUAAUUGAUUUUUCAGAUCAUCUGUGCAAAAGAGUAGAGGCAAAGGUGAAUGAGCUGCAAAAUAGGAUUACAUGUAAUCAGAGGAAAUUAUGCCAUUUUAAAAAUGUCAUUUUGACAAAGAAUGACAAGAUCUGUUCUUUAGAGAAAGAGCUUCAGCAGAACAUAGAGGAGAGCCAAAGCCUUAAAAACUCACUUGACCAAAUGGCUCUUCAGUUGAAUGCAAAUUCAGAGAAUCUUAAAGCCUUAACAAUUGAGAAAGAGUCUUUGCAAAAAGAUGCUAACAAUCAUUCCCAGGUACUUUCUGAGAAAGUUCUUUGUAUAGAAAAACUUGAUGAAGAAAACAAAAACAUAUCAGAAAAACUUAAAGCAAAUAUUUUGCACAUUAGUAAUUUGGAGAGCAUCAUAGAUGACCUAAAGAACCAGUUAUCAGGUACCAUAACUGAGAAGGAGGAAGCCAUAUCUCUGCUGAAUCAGCAGCACAAUGAGGAAAAACAAAGUAUCAGAAGCCAGAUGGAGGAGGCUGUGGUACGUGCGGAAAAAGAAAAGGGCUUAGCUGUCGAACAAGUAGAUACACUCAGGAAUAAACUGUCUGAACUUAAAAAGAAAACAGACACCAAGCUCACUCAGAGCCACAACACUAUCAGAUCUCUUCAAUGCAAGAUAGAGGACAUGGAGAAACAGAUAGCAGAGAAGGACGAGCACCUACAAAGACUCACUGCCAGCAUUGACAAUCAGUCUAUCAGUAAGUCAGAGAUGGACCAGGUUCUGAGUGAGAAAGAGCAGAGGGUAAGUGCCUUGACUUUAGAGUUGGACAACUGCACAAAGAAGAUAAGCGAACUGGAGGAACGACUCAAAUUGCAGUCAAAGGAACAGGAGCAGCUGGAGGCUGUGCUGCAGCAGCAACAUAACUUGAGGGAGAGUGAAAAGAUGGAGCUGAUGCAACAGCUCCAGCAAACCAAGGAACAGUGUUCACAUAAAAGUGAUCUUGUCUGUGAAACUGAAGAAAAACUGCAGUCUUUAGAGAAAGAGUUCCACAAUGUCAAACAACAACUGGAUAGCCAGCAAGGAGUCUUUGAAAGGGAGAAAGCAGAAAUCUUAAAGUCAAAGGAGGAGGCUUUGAAGGCAGCGGAAGAGAGCGCAAAUAAAGUAGCAGAACUGAAAAAGAAAGCUGAGCAAAAAAUUAGCUUGAUUCGUAAGCAGCUAACUGCACAGAUUGAGCAGAAGGAGCAGACCAUCAAGGAUCUGCAGGCACAGCUGGAGGACCUGAAGCAGAGGCUGAAUGAGAAGGAACAACAGGUGAACAGUUUGGAGGAGAAUGGGAGGAAAAUGGAGGAGGCCAUCAAUAAUCUAAGGGAAGAGCACAAAAAGCACCUGGAGCAGGUACAACAUGAUGGAAAAUUAGAAAAAGAGAACCCUUUGCAGACAGUAAAGGACAUGAACAAUGAGGAAUUGGCAGCAGUGACAUCUGUGCAAAACAAAGCUGCUGCUGCUACAGUAAGUGAAGGAGAGGAAGAGGCCUUUUCAAGGCUCAGAGAGCUGGAAGCCAAACUUAUUGAGUCUGAAGAACAGAAUACUACCCGCCAAGCUGAAAUCAGCCAACUUCAAGCAGAACUGCGUGAACAGAUGGCACUGGUUCAGGAGCUUCAGAAGACUUGCUUGAGUCUUGAGGUCCAGGUUAAAGAGAAGGAGACUGUUGUCAUGCAAAUGGAUAAGUGCUCUUUGGAGCAAACCAACAGUCUCUUAGAAAUGGAGCCUGUACAAUAUGCAGGAAACCAGGACACUAAAUUAAAACAAGAAGCCUGGGAGAGUGAAAAGGAUCUCUUGGUGAAAGACUAUGAGAUGAAGCUCCAAGACCUCUGUAAGAGACUGGAGGAAAAAGAGGGUCAGCUUAAAGUCCAAGAGAACUUACAGAUAGGACUAGGACAGACAGAUGGAGAAUGUCUCACUGAUGGGUCUAAAAGCCCAGAGAACCAUCUACAGCGAAAACUGGUGGAAACUGAAAAUGAGAAGCAGAAGAUUCAAAAAGAUUACACCCGGUUACAGAAAGACCUUCGCUCACUGAGGAAGGAACAUGAAAAGGAGCUGGAAUAUCAGAGGAAAGAAAUGGAAGACGAGAGUGAGACAAAGCUGAAGCUUGAAUUGGAAGAUUUGGAAAUGAAGCACAGCUCUGCACUUAAACAGAUGAUGAGAGAGUUUAACACCCAGAUAGCGCUAAAGGAUAAAGAGCUUGAAGCAUCAGUGAAGGAGGCAGUUGAAAAGGCCCAAAGGGUUGAAGCAGAACUAAUGGGACUCCAUCGAGAGGAAGCUAAUCAACUUCAAAAGAUUAUUUCUCAGAAAGAUGAUGACCUAAAAAGAACUGUUCAACGUUAUGAGCAAAUUCUUCAGAGUCGUGAAGAAGAAAUGGGCACUCGAGUGUGGGAGGUGCAGAAGGAGCUAGAGGAGCUGCAGCAAAGGAGUCUCAGUGGUCCUCAGGGUGUCGAGGAGCUUCAGGUUCAGCUUGCUGAGAAGACCACCCUGCUGAGUGAAGCCAGGCUAAAAGAGCAGGAAUACCAAGAUAGGAUCCAUACUCUGGAGGACACGGUACGGAAAGCUUAUAAAAACUCGGUGGUGACUCACCUGGGAAAAGAACCCUCACACUACAGCGCGGAUCCCUUCACUGAGCCCACUGAGUUUGAGUACCUGCGGAAGGUCAUGUUUGAGUACAUGAUGGGGCGAGAGACUAAGACUAUGGCCAAAGUCAUCACUUCCAUGCUGAAGUUUCCAGCAGACCAGGCGCAGAAAGUGCUGGAGCGGGAGGAUUCCCGAGUGAUGCCUUGGCUCCGGUAAGGUUGAAUUCUAAGUGGCCCAUCUGAGGUACAGAGCAAUUCUGCUGCUGCUGCUGCUGCUAUUGACCAUGGAUCAGAGGGGCUAGAGUACUGCUAUUAACUCACCUAAUAAACGCUAACCUUUAUAUUUCUGUGUGAAAGAAGAAAUGUAUACUGGGAUGUGUGUAUGUAUGCUUGUGGUGUAAAGAAUUAGACUGAUAGAUACCAGAUUCAGAAAACUGUCAUUAGUUUUGUUUUUACAGCAAAAUUAUUACUUUAUGAUUUCAUUUUUUUGAUCCUUUUUAGAGCAGGGGUAAGAAAUUUAUUUUCUUGUUAUAAAAAAAUCUAGAUUUUAUAUGAAUUAUGUGCAAUAUGUUUGAUUUUGGUUCUUGUUUUUUCCUUUAAAGUUUGUAAGUUUGUGUUUUUUUUUUAUCGUUUUUCUUUUUUCCCCUUUUUAUGGUAAGCUGGAACGGCCAUGUCUCCUGUGCACAUGUAAAUAUGCAUAUCACUUAAACUCAAAGCCCCCUAGGACUUUGUAUACUACCGCUUUUUAAAUACUACUGUAUUUUUGGGGAACUGAAGUAAAAUACAUAUUGUAAAUUGUAAAUCACUGGAAGAAGAAUCUAUAUAGCUGUACUAUAGGCACAUUGUGACUGUUGUAUUAUUAGCUACCUUUUAAAACAGCUAAUAAAAUUUUCUUUACAGUA